AUGUCUAAAUUCGAAGGUGUUAUUGUCUCCGAUCAAUCGCUUCAAAGCCAAUUCACGCAGGUUGAGCUUCGCAGCCUGAAAUCAAAAUUUGUCACUUUAAAGAAUCAGAAUGGUAAAGUUACAUUUGGAGAUUUGCCACCUUUGAUGGUGAAGCUAAACGCAUUCAGAGACACGUACGGUGAGGAUGAGAUUAGGGGGAUCUUGGUUGAAUCAGGCGCUGAUUUUACCAACGACAUUGAUUUUGAAACCUUCUUAAAGACAUAUUUGAAUUUGCAAACCCAAGCUACUGCAAAACCAGGUGGUAGAAGGCACUCCUCCUCAUUUCUCAAGGAAACCGUGACCACCCUUCUUCACACAAUCGGUGAAUCGGAAAAGUCCUGUUAUGUUGCCCACAUAAACAGCUAUCUUAGCGAUGAUCCAUUUUUGAAGCAAUAUCUUCCAUUGAACCCAGCUGCAAAUGAUAUAUAUGAUCUUGCAAAAGAUGGCGUUCUUCUGUGUAAGCUUAUCAAUGUUGCUGUGCCUGGGACUAUAGAUGAGCGAGCCAUCAAUUGCAAACGAAAUCCUAGUCUUUGGGAGGUCAACGAGAACCAUACUCUAUGCCUCAAUUCUGCCAAGGCUAUUGGCUGCACUGUGGUUAACAUUGGUGCACAGGACUUAGUUGAAGGAAGACCUCAUCUUGUUCUAGGGUUAAUUUCCCAAAUCAUAAAGAUUCAGCUGCUGGCAGAUCUCAACCUCAAGAAGACACCUCAACUUCUGGAAUUGGUUGAUGAAAACGAUGAGAUUGAAGAGCUUCUUAAUUUGUCUCCUGAAAAGGUUCUACUAAAAUGGAUGAAUUUUCAUCUCCGGAGAGCAGGAUAUGAAAAAACCGUCAGAAAUUUUUCUUCGGAUGUUAAGGAUGGAGAGGCUUAUGCUUAUCUGCUUAAUGUCCUUGCUCCGGAACAUUGCAAUCCAGCCACCUUAGAUACCAAGGAUGCCUAUGAAAGGGCAAGUCUGGUUAUUGAUCAUGCGGAGAGAAUGGGCUGCAAAAGAUACUUGACCCCGAGGGAUAUUGUAGAGGGAACUUCAAAUUUGAAUCUUGCAUUUGUUGCACAAUUGUUUCAUCACCGGAGUGGUCUAUCUACAGACACUAAAAAGAUUUCCUAUGCUGAGAUGAUAACAGAUGAUGUGCAAACAUGUAGAGAAGAGAGAUGCUUCCGAAUGUGGAUCAAUAGUUUUGGAAUUUCUACACAUGUAAAUAAUCUAUUUGAGGAUGUGAGAAAUGGAUGGGUACUUUUAGAAUUGUUAGACAAGAUUUUUCCAGGAUCAGUUAACUGGAAACAGGCAACAAGACCUCCAAUAAGAAUGCCAUUCAGAAAAGUAGAGAACUGCAAUCAAGUCAUAGAAGUUGGUACACAACUGAGAUUCUCGCUUGUCAACGUAGCUGGCAAUGACAUCGUGCAAGGAAAUAAGAAGCUCAUUCUUGCUUUAUUGUGGCAGCUGAUGAGAUUCACUAUGCUUCAAUUGUUGAAAAAUUUGAGAUCUCAUUCCCAAGGAAAGGAGAUCAGAGAUGCAGAUAUCCUGAAAUGGGUAAACAGAACAGUGAAGAACACUGGCAGAACUUCUCACAUAGAGAGCUUCAAGGAUAAGAGCUUGUCAAGUGGACUCUUUUUCCUUGAGCUUCUUAGUGCUGUUGAGCCCAGGGUUGUCAAUUGGAACCUUGUCACCAAGGGUGUAAGUGAUGAUGAGAAGAGGUUGAAUGCGACCUAUACAAUCAGUGUUGCAAGAAAGCUGGGUUGUUCCAUAUUUUUGUUACCUGAGGAUAUUAUGGAGGUUAAUCAGAAGAUGAUUCUCACUCUUGCAGCCAGUAUAAUGUAUUGGAGCCUGCAACAACAGCCUGAAGAUCCAGAUUCAAUUCCUUCACCUGCGGCUACCACCAUGUCUGACGCAUCCCCAGUACCUUCGGUUUGUGGGGAAGAUGAAAGUUUCUCCAUCGGCAUCGAAUUCUCCAACCUCAGUGUUGAUGAUGCCACCUCCGACACCACUGCCUCCUCACAACCGGAGUCUGAUGUUGUUUCUGCAGCAGAUGAGCUGUUAUGA